UAUCCCAGCCUCCCAACACAACGUCACAGUCUGACAGAGACAAAACAAGCAGCUGUCAGCUAGUCGCCUCACUCGCUUUGAACACACACAUACAGACAGACACGCGCAUACAUACACACUCACACUCACUCAUGCCCCUGCCCGCCCACAAACCCAGACAUACACAGUCAGCGAAACACUCGCCUCAGCUCUCAGAACUCCUCCACGUGCUGGUGUGUGCGCACAGGUUCUCUCUCGGCUCCCUUUACACUAAAGAACACGUUGAGAAACACUCUGUCACACACUCCGUCCGUCACUGGCUCCGUGGCUCUGACCGGAGAGAAUGCUUCUCCUGUAUCGCAUGUGACUCCCUGCUCUAACUGAAGUCUGCUACAGAACACAGAGCAGAGCGGAAGCUGCAAGCAGCAGCUGUGACUGAGGAACAGAGGAGGAGAAACGCUAACCCCCCUCUGAGAGAACAAAAAGCAGCCUGACGUUGUGGCAGUAGCAGAAACAGCCUUUGUCUUGUCCUGCUUGGUUCACAUGCUCCCCCGUAGAAGAAAUCAGAAGAGAGGACACCAGAGGAGAGGAGGCGCACUGAGCACUGACACAUUGGCCUACUCUACCAGAGAGAGAAGAGCGUUUGCUGUUUGCUGUGUGUUAUCCUGUUGCUCUUCCCUGUGUGGAUUCAGUACUUGGACAGCUCCAGAGCACUAGCUCCACUCAGUGUAUUCUUACCGGUCGUGUGGUACAGUCUAUGUGAAGUCUCCCUCGUCGAGACUCCAUUUCCAGGGGCAGCCGUGGCAGCCCUGGACCCCCAUCCCAAGCCCCCCCUGGCUCUCUCCCUGGCCCCCUGCAGCCCUCUCCCCUUGGGGACAGCGGACAGCAUGACCAGCCUGGAGCACCAGGGGGAGAAGCAGCUCUUUGAGAAGUUCUGGAAGGGGACGUUUAAAGCUGUGGCCACACCGAGACCAGAGAGCAUCAUCAUCGCAAGCAUCACCGCCAGUAGGAAGGUUAUCAGCACAGAGACAACCUGCCAGCCACUUAAAGCUGAUGAGAGAAAAGGGGAGGUAGCGGACACCAAGGUGGACACAACCACAGACAGAAAUGGAUGCAUCAGAGACUUAGGACGACACAAACAUAGCAGCUAUCAUCGGACGCGGUGUGUGUCAUUUGAUGAUGAUCUCUCCCCUCGGCCCCACGCUCCAAAGGGGAAGAAAAAGAAGAGGAAAUCGGAGCGAAAGAGGAAGAGGAAAAGGUCUCUGUCCUACAGCCUGUCACCUGCGAGGAAGAAGAAAAAGAAAAAAAAGAAGAGCUCUAAGAAAAGCAAACGCCACAGGUGUACCUCUAAAAAGACAAAGCACAGCUCUUCAAGCUUGAAACAUAAGAGGAAGAAUGAUCGAAAGCACAAAAAAAGCUCACGGAGUCACACGAAGCGGAGACGACGCUACCGGAGGUCAGAGUCAGAGAGUUCCACCUGCCGCUCCUCCAGCACCGAGAGCAGCCAUCAUCUGCACAAAUCAGUGAAUCACCCUGUGUUGGGAGGCCUAGCAGCCCAGAGGAAGGACCCCAGUACAGCGCACCUGGACCACAGAGGGUUUGAGUGGGGGACUGCCGCCAAGUCAGUCUGUAAAACGACUCCAAUCUUUCGCUCCGUCCUUUCUACUGGCACCGUCUUGCAGUCAAAACCUGGCGGUGAGGUUUUAAACACAGCAGUGGUUCACCAUCACACUCUGACCAAUCAGAGCAAAGGACCACAGGAUUACGAUUCCGGGAAUGACACGUCUUCACCACCGUCGACCAAAACCAGCAUUUCACGGACAAGUGUCAUCGGUGACAAAAAGGUCCUGUAUCAAGCGCCGGCUUCCCCAGAGAAGCUGAAGUUUACAGACGGGGAUAAUGUAUCCGACUCUGGGAACUCUGUGACCAGCUAUGCUUCCCUGUGUAAACCUCUGCAUGUGGAAGGUGGUUUGUCUUCUCCCAUUUUCAAUGGAAACGGCAAGAGUGAGCUGGUAACAACCUCAGUAUGUGGGGCCAAGAUGGGGAGACCUCAGAAGACAGUCUCUUCUCUCUCUCCUUUGAGGACGGUGGCCUCUUCACGUAAGCGGACUAGAGCCCACUCAUCCAGCAGCAGAAGCAGAAGUAGAUCCUCGGGGAGCUCCAGAAACUCCGGAAGCUACUCUCGAAGCCGAUCACUGUCAUCUGCCAGGUCGUACUCCCGUUCACCGAGCUACUUGGCUGGUUUGAGAAGGAAAGGUAGUGAGGGCAGUGGAAGGUCCAGAGGAAGCUACUCCCGAUACAGUAAAGAGAGGGUCCGAGAGAGGAAGAGGGACCCCAGCUCCUGUGAGAAGGAUGUGAAACACAGCAGUCGGAAGCGAAGCGGGAAGAGGCAUAGACGCAGGUUCUACUCUCCCAUGAGGAAAAGGAGGAGAGAUUCACCCAGUCACCUGGAAGCCAGGAGGAUAACCAGUGCCAGGAAGAGACCCAUCCCAUACUUCCGGCCCAGUCCUUCAUCCAGCAGUCGCUCUACCAGUGUAUCCUCUUGGAGCAGCCUCUUCACACGGAGUCGCAGCCCUAGCCCCAGUCCUGGCCUCUGCCUCAGUAGUUCCAGGAGUAGGAGUAGGAGCCGAAGAAGAAGUAGGAGUAGGAGCUACUUCUCCUACCGGAGCUACAGUCGCAGCUCCUCUUGGAACUCCAUCUUUGGCCGCCGGAGCCGCAGUCAGAGCCGGAGUCGCAGCUAUGACUCGUUGGACGGUUACAGCAAGGGCAAGAACCGGCACUGAGUUUUAACAGACUGAGGAGGUUACGGAGGAGACUGUAUUAUUAUUUCCCAAUCUCCCAGCGGAAGUAUGAGGUAAUGUUUUCAUCUCUUUGCGUCUUUUUCGUGUUAGAUGCCUGAGCCAGACCCUUCAAGCAAGUAUCCCUGUACCUUGAAUUUUUUCUUCAACGAUGUCUUGAAUAGAAGCAGUUGUCUCUGAUGUAUUGAAGAAGGAAACCACUGGAAAUAAGAUUGAUUUAAUGUUUUCUUUGGUUCGUUUUUUUCAGUCCGCUGUGUCCUCGUCACGCAUUAGCAUUCACAAUGGCUAGAGACUGUUUUUCCUUGUGACACUCUUCCUCUGACGUCUUUGACUGAAACGAAGGAUGGAGGAGCAUUGUUCAGUUUAACCCUCUGAUAAACUCUUCAUUUUAUAACAAGUUUCCGACCAUUUCAUUUCAAAUCUGGGAUGUGCACUACAAAGUUGUUUUGGGGACAGAGGGAGAAAGUUGUUUUGGGGACAGAGGGAGGGUGAGAGGGACGGUUUUUCAGGAACAUAGGAAAAUGUGUAUUGCUUCUCUAAUCUCAGCUCUUCAGAAUGUGAAGCAAAAACAUCUGAGAAAUGAUGAGAAGGAACAGGAAGAGGAGGAGGAGCAGGAGGAAGUCCCGAUGGCAAACAAACUGCCUAUUAGCUCAAAAGCCAGAUUUAUUUAUCCUCUGAUCAAGUGGCAAACAAUUGAAAUGUAAUUCCUUAUAAGAUGAUGGUGAAUGAUCAAACCACUGCACAGAAGGGCUGAAAAAGGUUUUUUUCAUUUUAAAGAAUCCCCAUAACAGCUCCUAGUGAAGCUAAACUAUGUGGGUAUCUGAAUGGCAAUACCUGGAAUGAGGGGUGUUUUAAUGACAAAAUAGUUCGUUUUUGUACACUGUUUUAGUAACUGUUAGGUUGUCAUAUGUAUUUAUCUAGGUAGUUAUCUAUUAAUUAAUGUAUUUAUUUAUUUAUUCAAAUUAUCGGUGUUCUAUUUAUUCGAUUAUUUUGAAUGAAACUUGAAUAAGAGUGCAUGGAGAGAAUGUUCAAAUGUUUUACUUUUCAGCAUAUGUUUGACAGAGAGGAUAUUCACUAUUGGAUACAUCUGUUAUUUUGUUAUUCUGUUUUUUUGUGUAACGGUCCCAAAUAGCACUGUUCCAUAAUGUGUUUGGUAUUUCAGAAGCAGAACCAAACACAUACUUCCCCUGUCUUGUUUGUAUAGUCCUUCCACCAAAGGUCAAGUUUUGAAAUGCACAUUUUUGUGUCAUGCAUAUUUAUAAUGUGUUUACAGUAAUAUUUAUGCAUUUGUGUUGCCUCUCAGUAAUGGUCUAUGUUUCUAUGCAAUGCCAUUAUAUCGAUGGGUUUAUACAGUUAUGAGUAUGUUGCGAUUUACAAAAAAGUUCCCAUUCAAACUCUACAAUGGACAGUCUGACUCUAGCCCGAGUGUCAGUCUGUUUGUCCUAUCAUGCCAACUCAUUGUCAUCCUUUGACAGUAACGGAGUUGGCAUGAGAACAAGCAGAUCUAGUACAAGGUUAGUCUGACUUUGCACAAUAGACAAUGUAAUAGCAUAUCGAUUCAAACAAUGUUACUUUACUUCACUCCAUCUCAACUAUUCAUUCCCCUGUUCUCUUUGGGGGAGAAUGCUAUUUCUUCAGAGGCUAUGCUAUAAAUAGCCACAUCAACAGAGAUGACAGAAAAAGCCAAUAGGAAAGUACUAAAAGCCUGUGUGGCAGACGUUUAGCCUCAGUGGUUACUCCCAUAUACUUUUUCAAGGAGAUCUAUGUGGGUAUAUUAAGCAAAAAAAAAAGGAAAACAUUAGCAUUUAGAAUAACUCUCUUAGCCCUUAUGUUUAAUUUCUCCAUUAGGUCCAAUCUAUCACCCUGUAUAUCUACGUUCAGAAUCUGCUCCAGGCAUGAGGGUCUGCUCUCUAUGCAUUGUACAUAUAACAGUCUGAAGUGAUUUAUCUGAAUGUUCAGUAACUUAUCCAAAGGUUUGGAGAGCUUGGAAGGAAGAUGAAGACACAACACAUUUUACAUAUGCUACUGAUUACAUGCUUUUGAGGUAGUGCUGAGUGAUUAACCAAAAUGUAGGUUUAUUUUCGGUUUUUAAAUAACUAAUCGACCAAUGUCAGUUCAAUUAUUUUAAUUCCUUUUAGUUUUUUUCUUUUUUCUGUGCGCUCAAAGUGCCGUUUGUGCCGUUUCUCUAGAGAUUUCUCUCUGGGACAUGUUGUCCAACCAUAGAGAAUGAUAGAGGCCUCUAGUGGCCAAAAGGCCAUUUUAGCAUAGGCAGCGCCAUUGAGGGCUUCCACCAUUUUAAUGUAGUCAACUGGUGGGACUUCCAAAUUUAUUGGCUGAUCCCUCUGGGUGGCCCUGUUGGAGUCAUGUCCAACUGAGUCAUCAGGAGGGAUCAGCCAAUUGUGAAGAAGAACAUUUACUACUUCAAAA